AUGGUUCUCCGACACCACAGUUGGCUUCCACUCGAACUUGAGCCGGAUUACAAAGACGGCUACACGUGUGAUCACUGUCAUCAAGAUUUUCUCGAGGCCCCAUUUUAUCAUGAAGAAGCCACUGGUACCGACUACUGUCUCAAGUGUGGUGAUGCCGCUGGCUACACGCCGUUUAGCGGUCUCGUUGCGUCACUUUUAUUUAGCAGCCAAGACAACGUUCUGCGAGAUUCGGAUUCAAACGCAAUCGCUUUGUUCGCAUACAGGGUAGAUUUGCAAAGCGCUGGUAUCUGCUUUGGAAACGGUGCCAAUCUUGUCCUUCACCUGCAAAUGAAUGGCACUGUGCGAGACGCCAUUUUCUACACCAUCAAAGAAGGUUCCAUAGAAUCCAAAUUACGUGUCUCGCUAACUGAGCUUUCGCGUCGUUUCUUCUGGCUGAGAAGCGGUAUACUCACAGUCUUCGAUGUUGAAAUACAUCUGCACACACUCCCUGUAGUACCGGUGCCAUUGGAUGACUUUUGCGUCGUAGCGUACGAUGUAACUGAUAAUUUCAUUCAGAUACGGCUUAACGAGUCAUAUGUGCAGCUCUUGGACGUGCGCAGCGGCAAGGAAGUCGUUGCUAAAGCAGAAAUGCCUGUGUGCGCGUUUUUCGCUCAUAGCGUCGAUGGAUGCUCAAAAUCUGAAGCGAGCGACUUGCUGUAUGUUUUCCGCAGUGAACCUGGUACGCUGAAUAAGUCAUAG